AUGGUAUACUCUAUUACGGUUCUCUCAACAGCUCUAUUGGUUCUUCUCUUCUGUUUCCCACGAUUGCUCUUCCACCCGGAAACGGGGACCCUUUCCCGGAGUGACGGCGCCUCCUCCCGAGGCCCAAAGCUGCGGUCACAAAGGGCACUCCGUCACAGAACGUCCCGAGGGCGGGUGUGGCUUAACUGCUGGGCGUCUGGGCCCGGCCCAGUCCCUCGCUCGACUCCUCUGGACAGUGAGGAGAAGGGGGUCCCGGACGAGGUCCAUCAGAACCAGAUCUUGCGGGAACAGUGCCUCCGAGAGCUACGAACCCAGAAGCUCUACACGCAGUAUCACGUGAAUCCCCUGCGAAAGGUUCACACGAUCGCCAGGAAGCCCAUGUCCUGGCAUGACAACCUGGAGGAACCUGCGGAUGCCAGGUUUCUGCAUCUCAUCCACCACGCUUCCCAGGGACCCAGGAAGAAGUACCCAGAGACACAGACUGAAAGCCAGGAAAUUGGCUGGGACUCAGAUCCCCUGGUCAACCCCGAACGCCAGGACAGCAGGCUGAACCACUUCAGGGUCUACAAUGACAUCACUCUAUACAAGGCUAAAAUGUGGAGCUUGGGAGAAGGUGAUCGCCACAAGUAGAAUCCCAGCGCUGGAGUCAGUAGCUGGAUGUAGUGCCCAGAGAAUGCGCUACCCAGAGAAAUCACUUCCACUUUAAAGCCAAAAAUAAAGGCAAUUCAGUUUUAGAUAUUG